CGAGCGCUCGUGCGCAGGAGCUGGUGGUGCAGAAGGGCUGGCGCCUGCCCGAGUACACGGUGACGCAGGAGUCGGGGCCCGCGCACCGCAAGGAGUUCACCAUGACCUGCCGCGUGGAGCGCUUCCUGGAGCUGGGCAGCGGCACGUCCAAGAAGCUGGCGAAGCGCAACGCGGCCGCGCGCAUGCUGCUGCGCGUGCACAGCGUGCCCGGCGAGCCGCGCGACGGCAGCGAGGCCGAGGGCGACGACGAGCACUGCUCCAUGGCCGGUCCCCGCCUGGAGGGGCUGCGCGGGCGGGCGCCCGGCUGCACCUGGGACUCGCUCCGCAACUCGGCGGGCGAGAAGAUGGCCCAGCUGCGCAGCCACCCCCUGGCACCCGUGGGCGCCGGCGCCUGCGCCCUCCUGCAGGAGCUCUCCGAGGAGCAGAGCUUCCGCAUCAGCUACCUGGACCUGGACGCGGUGAGCCUCAGCGGGCUGCACCAGUGCCUGGUGGAGCUGUCCACGCAGCCGGCCACCGUGUGCCACGGGGCCGCCCCGUCGCGCGACGCCGCCCGCGGCCAGGCCGCCCGCAACGCCCUGCAGUACCUGCGCGUCAUGGCCGGCGGCAAGUGACACCCGGGGACGCCCACAGGGGACCCCUGCGGGGAUCUGAGACACCCACAAGCGACCGGAGACACCCACAGAUGAUUGGAGACACCCGCAAAUGACCAGAGACGUCCAUAGGUGCCCCAAGACACCCAUGGGUGACCAGAGACACCCCACGAGCAUCUGGAGACACCCACAGGCGACCAGAGACAUUUACAGACACCUGGAGAUGUCCCCGGGUGCCCCAAGACACCCUCGAGUGACCGGAGACACCCGCGAGCAUCUGGCGACACCCACGGGUGUCCAGAGAUGCCCAUGGACACCCAGAGACACCCCCAGGUGUCCAGAGACACCCAGGGACAGACCCCUCGUUAUCAGAUGGACUCACGGACACCCUGUUUUGAUAUCCCCACGGACACAUGAUGUCACCCAUGGGUGCCUGGAUGGACACCCAAACCCACAGACACCCGAACCCACCGAACCUGGGUGUCCCACCCAGACACCCGGAGUCACCAGCCUGGGCGCUGACACCUGGACGAGGCUGACACCCAAACCCACCCACAGACCCCCGGACACCAGGGUGGACCCCGACACCAGGGGACACCCAGACAGACCCCUGGACAGCCCAGAGCACCGGACACACUCGGACACUCAGACCAACACCUGAACCGAGCCAAGGACACCCAGACCCACACAGCCGACAGUGACGCUGACACCCGCCCGCACACUCGGACUCUUGGACAUACAGACAGACGCACCCACUGACAGACAGCCGGCACAACCAUGGACACCCAGACGGGCCCCCGGGCGUCUCCAUGGGCUCCCGGACCCCUGGACAGACCCCGGACGGAUCCGGGACCCCCGGAGGGACCUCGGUACCACCCAAGAUCCCCCCUCCGGGGUCUCUG